UGGAAACAUAUACUGUAUCGAUGAUACAAAUCAGACAGGCUGUGUUGCUGAGCUAUCGGGCGCCAUGGUUGUGCACCCUUCAAUCCUUAUCCUACGCCCCACGCGCCUCUUCUUUCUUAAACCCUCACUCUCUCUUCUCAAUCGAACUCUCUCAAUUAAUCCUCAACGCUUUUCUGUUCGAUGCAACUCGUCGAUAACUACCGAGUCACUCAACUCGGACACCAAUGAAACCGGCCGGUCCGGUUCCCGGUCGGCCCCUCCGGCCGCCGGUACUCAACAGAAAAUCGACGUUAAUCCUCCUAGAGGUACCCGAGACUUUCCUCCCGAUGAAAUGCGCCUCCGCACUUGGCUUUUUAAUAACUUCAGAGAGGUUUCGAGAAUGUAUGGUUUUGAAGAGGUUGAUUUUCCGGUACUGGAAUCCGAGGCGCUUUAUAUCAGAAAAGCCGGGGAGGAGAUUAGGGAUCAGCUUUACUGUUUUGAAGAUCGAGGGAACCGUCGAGUUGCGUUAAGGCCUGAGUUGACUCCUUCUUUGGCAAGGCUUGUGAUACAAAAGGGAAAAUCUCUAUCCCUCCCUGUUAAAUGGUUUGCUGUGGGACAGUGCUGGCGUUAUGAGCGAAUGACUAGAGGCCGACGUCGUGAACACUACCAGUGGAACAUGGAUAUUAUUGGCGUAGCUGACAUAUUUGCUGAAGCUGAACUCAUAUCAUCAGUUGUCACUUUCUUCAAGCAAAUUGGCAUCACUGCAUCUGAUGUUGGGUUUAAGAUUUCUAGCCGCAAGGUUCUUCAAGAAGUGUUGAAUUGCUACUCCAUAUCAGAAGCUUUAUUUGGAAAAGUUUGCAUUAUUAUAGACAAGAUGGGUAAAAUUCCUAUCGAGGAGAUAAAGAAAGAACUGGCACUUGUUCAGCUACCAGGCGAGGCUAUUGAGGAACUACUGCAAGUUCUUUCUAUGAAGUGUUUGACAGAGCUUGAAGAGAAACUUGGAGCUGCUGGAGAAGCUGUAAGCGAUCUUAAACAGCUGUUUUCACUUGCUGAUAAGUAUGGUUUUUCUGAAUGGAUACAGUUUGAUGCUUCAGUUGUUCGGGGCCUAGCCUACUAUACAGGAAUUGUAUUCGAGGGAUUUGACCGAGAAGGAAAACUACGAGCAAUCUGUGGUGGUGGGAGAUAUGAUCAAUUGCUCUCUACUUUUGGAGGGGAUGACAUUCCUGCAUGUGGAUUUGGCUUUGGUGAUGCUGUGAUAGUCGAAUUGCUCAAGGAGAAAGGGAUAUUACCAGAAAUUAGUCCCCAUGUAGAAAAUAUUGUUUGCUCGUUAGAUCGUGAUCUUCAGGGAGUAGCUGCUGCAAUUGCUACCAGACUGAGGGGAAGGGGACAAAGUGUUGAUUUGGUCUUGGAAAACAAGCCGCUGAAAUGGGUGUUCAAACGAGCAAAGCGGGUAAAUGCUGCGAGACUUGUAUUUGUAGGGGCUGAUGAAUGGCAAAAAGGUAUGGUUGGUGUAAAAAAUCUUUCAACUGGAGAACAAUAUGAGAUCAAUGUUGAUGAGUUAGAGUGAGUGAUAUCUUUGCAUUCUUUAUUUAUAUAUGUCCUGUUAGAAAUUUUUUCCAGCUGAGCCCUGUGUCUUCCCUUAUUUUGUGCAGUACACAUAUUUGAGUGUUACUAUGCAAAUAUUUAAUUUAGGUUUUGUUGCUGCAUGUCACCAUAAUGAAAUGUAUUGUGUCUA